CAAAAUUUGAGCGUAACAAAAUCAUCUGGUCCAGAGCGCAUGUACUUGCAGGGAAGUAGCCGAGCAGACUUCAAUGCUGCCCGGAACGUAUCCACCGCAUCAAGGGUUUCACAGAGCAUUGACAUGGGAUAUCCUCCUAUCCGAAGCUACACCGGUGCAUUGGCAGAAACAUAUUCGACAUAUUUGGGCGGAGGCAAACCGAACCCCAUCACGAGCAGCGAACCUCCUCCUAUUUCCUUGGGCGGCAUCACCUCUUUGUCUGAAAGCCUGGCAGCUAUGCAGGCACCACACGAGUCAGCUUUAGAUCGUGUGCGGUCCGUUCUGCACACAGCUCCAAAAGCAGGCCACCACGCAGUGCGCUAUGCCUCAGGGCACCCGCACGAAACAGCAAGUCAUGACUCAGGCCAGGCCGAAGGCCAUGGUGUUGCGCAUGUCGCGCAUGUCCCGCACCCAUCCUGGGGAAAAACCCGCAAUGAAAGUGGACACGGUGAACAUGGCCAUGGCGGACAUGGACACGUCCAGCUCGGUUCACAUGUCCAACAUGUCCAAGGUGUCCAAAGUGUCCAUGGACAUGCCAUGUCAUCAACUGAAAGUGUUGCACGUGGGACGCCCGUGUCGAGUCACAUGCGUCAGAACGAUAGAAAUUAGACUGGUGCAUUCAUGUUUCUUCAGACUUAGCCCACAUCCAC